AUGUCUAAAACACCAAAUCGGAUUAUAUUACCUGAAUUGGAAAAUAAGAGCUUUAGAGAUACAAAACAAAUUUAAGAUUUAAGAAGAAAAUUAGAAUAAUAACAGGACACUAUAAAAGAACUUGUCAAUUUAGUAAAAGAGUCUAAAACAGAAUCAUAUAAGCCUUCAUUCAAUCAAACUAUCAUAUAGCCAAAACCUGAAAAGGAUGAAGUCACUUUAUAGUUAUUAGAAGAAGUAAAGACAUUACGAAAAUAAAUAAAUAACAUUGAAUAAGGUCCAAAAUAAUCUGUAUAACAUCCAAUAAUAAUACCACAAUAUUUACCAGGUCCUCCUCAACAAUAACAAUAACCAAUGAUAUCUCCAUAUAUGUUUAUGAAUCCAUACUUUCCUAUGCCUCCUCCAUUUAUGUAUCCAUAUCCAUAAUAAUCUAAUAAUGAUGAUCCAUAUAAAAAAAUAGUUUUAGAGUUACUUUAAAAAAAUAAUAAAAUCAAUAGAGAUCUUAAUUAUAAAUUAAGAGAUUCAUACUCAAGUGAAUAUACUGAUGAUCUCUAUAGUAGAAAUAAUAGUAGAUAACAUAGACAUCAUUCAAAUGUGGAUAGAAGAAAGCAUCAUCCAAAUGAUAGAUAUAAUUAAAGAAAGAAUAGGGAUAAAAAAUAAAUAAAGGAUAGAAAUUAAAAUAAGAUUAGAGAUUAAGAUGAUUCAGAUCAUCAUAGAACUAUUAGUAGAACUUCUAUGAAUGAUAGUUAAAUGAGUUAUAAUUCAAAUUAGAAUGGGAAGAAUAAAAAAAAGAAUAAUUAAAAGAUUUUUACUGAAGAAGAGAAACUUAAAUUAAGGAGAAAAUUAAUAGGAUUAUUUUGGUAUAUUAGAAUUGGUUUAGUGCUUAGAAAAUACUUGAAAAGAGUUUGGUUACAACGAAGACAAGAGUAUUACGAAACUGAAGCAUAGUAAUUAAUUGAUAAAUUCGAUCAUGAAUUUGUAAUUGAUUUAUCAAAUUAAAUAGAACUACAAAGAAGUUUUUAUAUUGUUUGUUGUUGAAUGUAACAAAAACAAAUAUUUUACUAAAAAUUGGAGUAUCUUCGAUAAUAAAGAAGUUGAACUUAAAUCUAAAUUAAUUUUUUCCAUUAUAACUGCCCUUUUUAAGAAAAUACCGUUUAUGACUAAAAAUUCUAUGACAGAUGAACAUAGAUAAUUUAUUAAAAAAAUAUCAACUUCAGGUGGAUAUUUAUUACCAGGUCAUCCUUAAUUUGUAACUGAUAGGGUUGAAUUAAGACCUAAUGUUACAAUAGGGUAAAUUGUUUUAAAUAUUUAGAUAAAUAAAUGCAGAUGUUUCAAAGUUAAUUCAAAUGGAUUAUGUUUAUAUUCAAAUUCUUGUUUAGAGAGUUAUUCUUAUUUAUGAAUGGUAUUCUUAAUUUUCUAAAAUCCCAAAUUAUAAAGAGGCUAUGAAAAUAUUUGUUACUUUAUUGCAUUAAUUAUUCAUAGAUCAUUUUAUUAAUCUUCCAACAUUUGAAAAUCCUGAUUAAAUCUUUAAUGUAUAUAUUUAAUUAUUAUAUUAUAGUAAUAAUAAAUUGUGUAUUGUGAUUUUAAUUAAUAAAAUUAUAUUGAUGUGGCUAUAAGUAUUGAUAGUAAACAUUAGAAAUAUCAACCAACUAAAAAUUGUUGUAUUCUAGGUUUAGCAUCUUAUGAGGAAAUGAGACCACUUUAUGAAUAGCCUGGUUAUAAAGAUAUUUAAAUUUAAUUUAAGGAAUAUUGUGAAUAUUUUUAUUAAUCCUUAAACUUUUGA